UGCUUGCUGGUGGAAGUUUCCUCACUUUGGAAUAAUGUCAAGAAGAAGUGGCCGUCUACAAGCAAGACAUGAAACCUCUGACACCGGGAACGAUUGCCAGCUUGCAGUUGCAACAAAGAAACGUAAAUCUGAGGAAACUAGCACAACAUUUGAAUGCCACCAGGAUGCAAAACGGCACAACUAUGAGAUCCAGGGCUGCUGGUCAGAGAUCACUACAGGAACAGUGACACCUUGUAUUCUGAUAGAAACCCCACACAAAGAAAUGUCGAUCUCCACUGACAUAUCGCAGUUCUCACGAUACAGGUUCAAGAAUCUCUUCAUUAGCAGAUCCCCUCUGCCAGAGCUAAGCUGGGGCAAUUCAAAAGAUGUGUGGAUGAAGAUGAUAAGCAAAGAGUCAAGAUAUGUGCACUCAAGUCGCCUUCUACAAAAUCAUCCCACGCUGAACCCAGACAUGAGGUCUAUUUUGCUGGAUUGGCUCAUAGAGGUAUCCGAAGUCUACACGCUACAUAGAGAAACCUUUUAUCUGGCUCAGGAUUUCUUUGAUAGAUUUAUGCUGACCCAAACAUGUGUGAACAAAAGUAUGCUUCAGCUUAUAGGAGUUACAGCACUAUUUAUUGCUUCCAAAUUAGAGGAGAUCUACCCGCCAAAACUUCAUGAGUUUGCAUACGUCACCGAUGGUGCAUGCAGUGAAGAUGAUAUUCUUCAAAUGGAGCUCAUAAUGCUAAAGGCUUUGAAGUGGGAACUGUAUCCUGUAACUGCCAUAGCAUGGCUGAACCUAUACCUACAAGUAUCCUCUCUUAAAGAUCAUCCAAAACUGCUGCUACCUCAGUAUUCUCAGGAGCAGUUUAUCCAUGUUGUUCAGCUUCUAGACCUAUGUAUUCUACACCAUACCUCGCUUGACUUCCAGUACAGGAUUUUGGCAGCUGCUGCUUUAUACCACUUUACCUCGACAGAAGUAGUUACCAAAGCCACAGGUCUUGAUAUGGAAAGUAUUGGUGAAUGUGUUCAUUGGAUGGCUCCUUUUGCGAGAGUUGUAAAGAGAAGCUCCCCAUUUAAGCUUAAAGUCUUUAAGAAGGUCGCACCAGAAGAUAUGCACAAUAUCCAGACCCACGCCAAUUACCUUGAUAUGCUGGAUGAUGUGAAGGUUCCAGAUAGUGAUUUGGGUGAGUCUCCUGUGGCCAUUGGGGGUAUCCUCACACCUCCCAAGAGUACAGAAAAAACUUUCUGAACGAUGCAGCUGAAAGCUAGUGGUGCACCUCUCUCCCUGCAUUUGAGGAUGCAGCCGAGUACUGGAAAUGCAGGAAGCCUUAGACUGGGACACACUCUGCCUGGAUCUUACCCGUAUUUUAACUCCUGUUUUAGAAGUGACUUGUACAGUAGCUUCAAGUUUGCUAACUAAUUUAUUGCCAUGAGAUUUUCCCCUUGAUGGAGAACAUACACUGCCUGUCUGAGGACAGCCAAACCUUUUUACUAAGGUUACUGUUAAGAAAACAUGACUAUCAAAUAUCCCCCAUAAAACUGCUGUAGCACUGAUUACUGCAGUUACUCUUUCUUAAUCUGUUCAUAAAUUGAAUUAAGCGCCUUGUUCUGUAUGACUGUCCUAUCGGCAUCAAUUCUGCUAUGAGGCUACAACUCCCUGCAUUCCUGGACAGCUAAAAAGAUGAUGCUGGGUCUUGUAGCUCACCAACCAGAAGAUUAUAUUUGAUAUUACAAUUUCCCCUACUUUCUGCUUCUAUAAAAAGAGCAAAUUUGGUUUUGUGGCUAGAGCCUCUUAAAGAGGAACUGUGCAAAUCUAUUAAACAAUGUUAAUACAAAA